AAAAAAAAAAAAAAAAAAACACAAAGAUUUCAGAGGGAAGUGAAAUAGUAGGAGGUGUGGGAUUAUUUGGUGCUUUACGGCAGCGUCACGCCACGACCCACGAAGAAUUGGUUAAGUGGGGGUUGGAGUUUGAGGUCGUAAAACAAAAAUAGAGAUGCCAGAAUUUUUUCCUUUUUGAGAUACGAUACGUUGAACAGCUUGUUUAGUUUAUCUUAAGCAAUCAAUUCUUCGAAUUGGGGAAUUUAUAUAUAUCUAUAUAUAUAUAUAUGCCUUUCGCCAUUUUUCGGUGAAGUUUUGAUUUUGACGAUUGUAUUGUGGAAGUAUAGUUAGCUUGUAGGCUUGAGUUCGAGUUCACUGACAAUCACUUUUUUCUUGAGCAACACAUAGCGUAUUCAAAUGGAGCCCGACAGGUUAAAUUUGCCAACUACGUUUUCAAUGAAUUUAGAAGUUAUGGGCCAUGAAUUGCAGUUCUCACAGGAUCCCAAUUCCAAGCAUUUAGGAACAACGGUUUGGGAUGCAUCACUGGUGUUCGCUAAAUUUCUGGAGAAAAAUUGCAGAAGAGGAAGGUUCAGCCCAUCUAAACUUAAAGGAAAACGUGUUAUUGAACUUGGUGCAGGUUGUGGAGUAGCUGGUUUUGGCAUGGCAUUACUGGGAUGUGAUGUAGUUGCCACAGAUCAAAAGGAGGUUUUGCCAUUGCUAAGAAGAAAUGUAGAACGUAACACUUCAAGGAUUGUGCAGAUGAAUCCUGGUUCUGAUACAUUUGGUUCUAUCCAGGUUGCAGAGUUGAACUGGGGAAAUGAGGAUCAUAUAAGGGCUGUAGGUCCACCUUUUGAUUACAUAAUUGGCACUGAUGUUGUUUAUGCAGAAAAUCUCUUAGAACCAUUGUUGCAGACAAUCUUCGCACUGUCAGGGCCCAAAACCACAAUUGUGUUGGGAUAUGAGAUCCGUUCUACAAGUGUCCAUGAGCAAAUGCUUAACAUGUGGAAAAAAAACUUCGACCUAAAAACGAUUCCGAGUUCCAAGAUGGAUGAGACAUACCAACAUCCAAGUAUCCAACUUUAUAUUAUGGGUUUAAAGCCUAGUACAGGGAGCUCUGAGAACCCUGCUUGUCAAAUCGAUGAGAAAAUUGAUGGAGUUGAAACAAACGAGAAUAGGAACGAAAAAGCCAGUGAAUGUAAUGAAGUGGAACAAGUGACUGAUUUUGUUAGUGAAAAGGUCAAGGAGGAUUGUGAUCUAGUCACGAGACUCCCGAAUGAAAAAUUAAGCGACUGGGAAGCUAGAAGAUAUGGAUCCAUCGCCGCUCGGCUACUGCAUGACAUCAAAAUUACUUGACUAGUAGAGUUACUACUUGUGAGAGGGUUUCCAUAUCCGAUAUCUUAUUGUAUAAGUAGGCUCUUGUUAAACUAUUUAUCAAUUAGAAAUUAUAAUGGCAUUUCCUUUGUCUUUUGGGAAUUCCAUUCUUCAAGAA